GCCGCGUCGCGAGGCGCGCGCCCGCCCGCCGCCCGCCGCGGAUCGCGUGGUCUGGCUUGCCUCUCUGCGCCGCUCCCCCCCUGGCCGUCCGCACCACUGCAGCCCCCCGAGCCGCCCCGGGCCGGGGGCGGGGGGACGCAGGCCGCGGACCGAGGUCCGCCAGGCCGGCUAGGCGCGCCGGAGCCCUCUGCCCGGCGCGCCGCUCAGCGUCCGCCCUUCCGUGCCGCCCCGCGUCCGCGCGGCCCGGGCCCCAGCGCCCCGCCAGCGGCCUCGAGCGGGGCCCGCGGCGCGCCCGGCCCCUCCGCGCAGAUGGCCACUCAAGUGGAGCCGCUGCUGCCGGCGGGCGCCGCGCUGCUGCAGGCCGACGAGCACGGCCUGGCGAGGAAGAAGCCGGCGCCCGACGCCCAGGCCGAGUCGGGCCCGGGCGACGGCGGCGGUGAGCCCGACGGCGGCGUCCGCAGGCCGCGGCCCGCCUGCGCCAGGCCUGGCCGCGACGGCGCGGAGCGCGAGAGCCCGCGGCCGCCCGCAGCUGCGGAAGCCCCAGCGGGGAGCGACGGCGAGGACGGCGGCCGGCGUGACUUCGUGGAGGCACCGCCGCCCAAGGUGAACCCGUGGACGAAGCACGCGCCGUCGUCGGCUGCGGUGAACGGACAGCCGCCUCCAGAGCCUUCUGCUCCAGCCAAGGUGGUGAGGGCAGCUGCUCCUAAACAGCGUAAGGGCAGCAAGGUUGGUGACUUUGGAGAUGCAAUCAACUGGCCUACACCUGGAGAGAUAGCCCACAAAAGUGUGCAGCCACAGUCCCACAAGCCUCAGCCUGCCCGUAAGCUGCCACCCAAGAAGGACAUGAAGGAGCAGGAGAAAGGAGAUGGAGGUGAUAGUAAGGAGAGCCCCAAAACAAAGUCGGAUGAAUCGGGGGAGGAAAAGAAUGGGGAUGAGGACUGCCAGCGAGGCGGGCAGAAGAAGAAAGGGAACAAACACAAGUGGGUUCCGUUGCACAUAGACAUGAAGCCUGAAGUACCCAGAGAGAAAUUGGCCUCACGUCCCACUCGCCCACAGGAACCAAGACAUAGCCCUGCUAUCCGAGGGGAGAUCAAAGGAUCUGAACCUACUACCUACAUGCCUGUAUCUGUGGCCCCACCCACCCCAGCCUGGCAACCAGAGACCAAACCGGAGCCUGCCUGGCACGACCAGGAUGAGACAUCGAGUGUGAAGAGUGAUGGGGCUGGUGGGGCGCGGGCUUCCUUCCGUGGCCGUGGACGGGGGCGUGGUCGUGGACGGGGCCGUGGACGGGGUGGCACUCGAACCCACUUUGACUACCAGUUUGGCUACCGAAAGUUUGAUGGUACAGAGGGGCCCCGCACCCCCAAGUAUAUGAACAACAUCACUUACUACUUUGACAAUGUCAGCAGCACUGAGAUUUACAAUGUGGACCAGGAGCUGCUCAAGGAUUAUAUCAAGCGCCAGAUUGAAUACUACUUCAGCGUGGACAAUUUACAGCGAGACAUCUUCCUGAGACGGAAAAUGGAUGCUGAUGGCUUCCUUCCCAUCACCCUUAUUGCUUCCUUUCACCGUGUACAGGCCCUAACCACUGACAUUUCACUCAUCUUUGCGGCUCUAAAGGACAGCAUGGUGGUAGAGAUGGUUGAGGAGAAAGUCCGCAGGAGAGAAGAACCUGAAAAGUGGCCACUGCCUGGCACCCCAAUAGUGGAUUAUUCACAAACUGACUUUUCUCAGCUUCUCAACUGCCCAGAGUUUGUUCCCCGCCAGCACUACCAGAAGGAGACAGAGUCGGCACCCGGCUCUCCCCGUGCAGUCACCCCAGUGCCAACCAAAACAGAGGAAGUCAGCAACCUGAAGACCCUUCCCAAGGGCCUGUCUGCCAGUCUCCCAGAUCUGGAUUCUGAGAGCUGGAUUGAAGUGAAGAAAAGGCCUCGGCCCUCACCAGCACGCCCCAAGAAGUCAGAGGAACCCAGGUUUUCCCACCCAACUGCUCUGCCUCAGCAGCUUCCGUCCCAGCAGCUGAUGUCUAAGGAUCAGGAUGAGCAAGAAGAACUAGACUUUCUGUUUGAUGAGGAAAUGGAGCAGAUGGAUGGGCGGAAGAAUACCUUCACUGCCUGGUCUGAUGAGGACUCUGACUAUGAAAUUGAUGACCGGGAUGUCAAUAAGAUCCUCAUCGUCACUCAAACGCCACCUUACAUGCGUCGGCACCCUGGAGGGGACCGCACAGGCAAUCACACUUCUCGUGCCAAGAUGAGUGCUGAGCUGGCCAAGGUCAUUAAUGAUGGACUCUUCUACUAUGAACAAGACCUAUGGACUGAGAAGUUUGAGCCUGAGUAUUCACAGAUCAAGCAAGAAGUUGAGAACUUCAAGAAAGUGAACAUGAUUAGUCGGGAGCAAUUUGACACUCUGACCCCUGAGCCCCCUGUGGAUCCUAACCAGGAGGUUCCUCCUGGGCCACCUCGGUUCCAACAAGUUCCUACUGAUGCCCUGGCCAACAAACUGUUUGGUGCUCCCGAGCCUUCUACCAUUGCCCGUUCUCUACCAACCACUGUCCCAGAAUCUCCAAACUACCGAAACGCCAGGACCCCCCGCACACCCCGGACCCCCCAGCUCAAAGACUCUAGUCAGACAUCACGGUUUUACCCAGUGGUGAAAGAAGGACGGACCCUAGAUGCCAAGAUGCCUCGAAAAAGAAAGACAAGGCACAGCUCGAACCCCCCCUUGGAAAGUCAUGUGGGCUGGGUGAUGGAUUCUCGGGAGCACAGGCCCAGGACAGCUUCUAUUAGUUCCAGUCCUUCAGAGGGAACACCUGCAGUUGGCAGCUAUGGCUGUACCCCGCAGUCACUGCCCAAGUUCCAGCAUCCUUCCCAUGAGCUGCUCAAGGAAAAUGGCUUCACACAACAUGUCUACCACAAGUAUCGGAGGCGCUGCCUUAAUGAGCGGAAGCGCUUGGGCAUUGGCCAGUCUCAGGAGAUGAACACCCUCUUCCGCUUUUGGUCCUUCUUCCUCCGAGAUCACUUCAAUAAAAAGAUGUAUGAAGAGUUCAAGCAACUGGCACUGGAAGAUGCCAAAGAAGGCUACAGGUACGGUUUGGAGUGCCUUUUUCGAUACUACAGUUACGGUCUAGAGAAGAAGUUCCGGCUGGACAUAUUCAAGGAUUUCCAGGAGGAGACCGUGAAGGACUAUGAGGCUGGCCAGCUUUAUGGAUUGGAGAAGUUCUGGGCCUUCUUGAAAUAUUCCAAAGCCAAAAAUUUGGACAUUGACCCCAAACUGCAAGAAUACCUCGGCAAAUUCCGCCGUCUAGAAGACUUCCGAGUGGACCCCCCCAUGGGCGAGGAAGGCAACCACAAGCGACACCCAGUAGUAGCAGGAGGCAGCGGAGAGGGCAGGAAGCGAUGCCCUUCCCAGUCUUCCAGCAGGCCUGCCACUGGGAUCAGCCAACCCCCUACGACACCUACUGGCCAGGCCACUCGAGAAGAUGCCAAACGGACAAGCCAGCACUCGGACACACUGACUUUGGGAAAGUGAAUGGCCAGAAGCCCCCUGGGGUUUGGGAUAGAAGGGGUGGGGUGGGUGAGGAUCCAUGGGGGUGCCCAGGCCCAGAAGAGUGAACAAGAGAAGGGGCAGGCCUGGUGUUACUAGGGAUGGGCCUCUGUGCUAAGUAGCAGUGUAUACCAUUUGGGCUAUUAGCGGUACUCCUGGGCAGGAGCCUCCAAGCACCCCUUCCCCUCCUGUCCCCACGACUUCCACCAUAACUUCUAAGGGGGGAGGGAAAGGGGGGAGAUUUUAUAUAUAUAUAUAUAUAUAUACAUAUAUAUAUAUUAAGUUUUAAAUUAUUGAUAGUUUGUCUGGAUUACCAAAAUCACUCUUCAGCCCUUCCUGCGGCUGUUAUGCCGACCUGUCUCCCCUGCCUCUUCCCGCUCCCCUCAAGCCAACUAUGCAGCCCACCAGAAAGCUCUGGCAGUGCCCAUGGGCCCCAGAAGCACCAGCCCCUUGAUCACCUGGGGUUUGCCAUCACCCAUCACCGUGUCCCUGCUGUUCCACAUGCCCUUCUGCCACCUCUGGGGGAAGGAAACCAAAGGAUCUCAGUGGGGUCAGGGAGCUUCAGCCUCUCGCCCCCUCACCCCACCCCAGAGAUGCUGCUCACACCAGAAGAGACUAUUGAAAGAUGAUUCAUUUUAUUUUUUCUCUGGCCUUUCCAUCCUUGGGAAAACAGAAAAAAAAAAAAAAAACAAAAAAACAAAAA